CCACCCAUCGCGGCUAUAGCUGGGCCCCUUUGGUCUUGUCAUGUUGGAAACACGCACUCUCAACCGCGUUCCCCCGGCUUUUGAGAAAGUUCUGCGGCCUGCCCGAGGAGUCACGCGAGACGCCCUGCAGGCGAUUUGUGAAUUGUGGGCCUGGACCUGUGAUCAAGUCUAGAGAGCUCGGAGGCACCGAGGAUACUCCACCAGGUGCCCAGCAAUGGCGCUGCCUGCCCACCCACAACGCACACACUGCGCUGGCUCAAGGCGAUCCCGACGCUGAACCGUGGCUGGGGAGCGCUCUGGCCGCGGCUGCGUGAGCCAGCCAUGCUCCGCGCGCCAGGAAACGCCUUGCAGCCCGCCGCGGGCCGCGGCGGCCCGGCGGGCGGCAGCGGCGGCCCCGCCGCCACGGCGGCGCUGUCGGCGGCGAGGAGGUGGGCGCCAGGUUUCCGCAGCGCGGCGGCGAACCACAGGCUCCUCGCUGCGGCGGGCUGGGCGGCGGCAAGCCUCGCCGGCGACGGCUGGGGGCGGCGCGGCCGCCGUCGGCGGCGCGGGAGGCCCUGCAGCUGCCUGCCGGCGCGGCCAGGCCAGGCGACGCCGACGGACUUCUACGGCCUGCUGGGGCUGCCUCGUUUCAGCGCCCGCGCCGCGGAUGUCCACAGGGCCUACCGCCGGGUGCUGAAGCUGGUUCACCCCGACGUGCUCGGCGGGCACACUACGGCCCUGGCCAGCCUCAUCACCACAGCAUACCACACGCUCAGAGACGAGGCCCAGAGGCAUAGCUACGACGACUCGCUGCGAAAGCUCACCAUCUCGGGCUCGGCCGAAGCAGAGACCGAGGAGGAAGGUCUGGUGAGCCGGAGAAGUAGCUGGGAGUCCAGUUGCGCCCCCGAGGGUUCGAGGGGCGUCUUCGUGGACGAGUCCGAGUGCGUGAUGUGCGUGCGGUGUGUGGAGUGCGCCCCGAGCACGUUCGAGAUGGAUUGGGAGGGCUCUGGGCGCGCUCGCGUCACGCACCAGUACGCCGAUCCCACAGAGGACGUGGACUGGGCUGUCGCGUCUUGCCCAGUGGAAGCCAUCAGCUACCGCCCCCGCGACGAGCUGGAGCUGCUGGAGGACAUCAUGGCCCACUGCGACCUCGAUGGCGCAGACGGCGCCAUGCAGCGGCGGCAGCUCGACUUUGAGGGCUCCAGGCAAGGAGAGGGGCCCUUCGACUACCUCCAGCAGCUCAAGAGCGGCAAGCGACUGCCCGAGCCGAUGCGCGGGCGGCUGGGCAGCGACCGCAGAGAGGGCGACUCCAGCUGGCUCCCCGGGGGGACCGCGCAGCGCAGCGCCGCGGCGCCCCGGGAGCUCGGCGCGGCGAUCGCGCAGGCCGCCGCCGCAGUGCCCGAGGAGGUCAGGCGCCUCGCCUGGCCGCCGCGGGAGGCGCAGGCUGUGCAGUGAUGGCGCUCCAGCGGCUGACGCGACCGGGGUUCGGACAGGGGGCCACAUGUCAAACGACGCGAAGAUCGGGACAAAAUCGGAUCGGGAUAACUCGAAAUCUCUGACCAAUUCAGACUCCGGGCCGCCUCCAACGACUGGGUACCGCGCCGCGUUCGUUUAACAGUCUCGAUGGCGGUACAUUUGCGCCGAUCAUGUAGAAGGUUCGGAGAUUUCCCUCUUCGCCUUGGCCUAGCGUUUCAUCAGCAUGGGCCUGUCGUUUGCCCAGGACUCCUGCCAGGAGUCAGGCCUAGACAUCCUGCUCCAACCGCUUCUGAAUCACAGCCUCAACCUCAGCAGCAGUGAUGGGUCUUAGGAGUUUGCGACCUGCGUAGGCGAACAGCCCCGUGUUUUUGUUUUAUUGAGGGCAGCCCAACGAGGGAGUCGGCGUCCUCACCUUCAGGGUGACACCGUGCCGUCGGGACCGCUCGGUUCCGAGGCAUAUCCGAUCCGACACAGUGUCCGAAGUGUGUUGAUUGCUAUAUUUUUCUCUCUUCAGUCGGGCUCAUCGGUUUCAGCCCCACUGGCAAGGCGCGCGUCUUGGAGCGGACUCUUGGCCAGCUUCCAGCUCAGUUCUCUCGUUUUGAACCGUCGGGGCCUCUGGAGAGUACAUCUCUGGCCAUGUCGCCGUUCCUGUUCCAGCCGUUCUCCGAGAAGUGGCUCAGGGCGAGAUAUCUAAAGAGCCGCACCUCCUGCCCUGGAACUGUGGGUUCAUCGUUCCCCUCAGAUGCCACGCGACGCGCGAUGCCACUCAUGGCUUGAGCAACUCAACGUCCGCGCUGGGGCGGACGGGGUCCUUCGAGUGGCCAGUGCGACGUCUGCGGAUGUCACAAGCUGGCGCAUUUACAACACCAG